AUGGACAAUAACAACCAUGGUCAAAACAUCACCCUGAUGAUCUCCAAUGCGAGGGACCUGUCGAUGACCGUGCCGGGAACUGCCAAAAUAAACCAAGAGAAUUUCACUCUUUUCUACCGACUUUACCACCAUCGCAACAAUGAAGUUCACUGGAUUGGCUGUUUCACUCGCCCCUUGAGCUACUCUGCUGCUCUCCCUGUCCUCGGCAAUGCCGAGGGUACUGUUUCUGGCAUUAAGGGUGCCGUUGGUGAUGUCACAGGUUCCGCUGCCAACGUUGCCGCGCCUAUCACCUCUCCCGCUGGCGGCCUGACUGGCGCCAUCAAGCGUGACGAUACUACUGUCCUUGGUGAGACCAUCGAAUCUAUUCCAAGCCUUGCCAACAGCACUGUUACAAUUGCUGGUAGUGCUGUUGGUACCGGCGAAAACCUUGUCUCUGGUGCCGCUGGUACUGCUGAGGGGGCAGUUUCCGGCUCGGCCACGAAGCGUCAGCUCAACAACGACCUCAUUGGUAGCACUCUUGGAAGCGCCGUUCCAGCCAUUAUCCAGGAAGCCAAGGCUGGCGGUUUGGCUGGUGCCAUCAAGCGCGAUGAAACUGCCACACUUGGUGAGACCGUCGAAACUAUUCCAACCCUUGCCAAAAGCGCUGUUCCAAUUGCUGGUAGGGCUAUUAGUACCGCAGAGAACGCUCCUGGCCAUCCUUAA